AUGCCUACCAGUGAUGAGUAUGGUUGUACACUGGGAGAGCUACGCGCACUUAUGGAACUUCGUGGUAGUGAAGCCCUUGAAAAGGUAAACUCCACAUAUGGAAGUGUGCAGGGACUUUGUUCGAAAUUGAAAACGGACCCUAUCAACGGGUUAUCAUGUGACCCCACCGAACUGCAACGGCGACGGCAUGUAUUUGGUAAAAAUGAAAUCCCAGCGUCAAGGUCAAAGUCAUUCUUCCGAUUAGCCUGGGAAGCACUCCAGGAUAUCACAUUAAUUAUUCUUCUAGUAUCAGCACUAGUUUCACUAGGAUUGUCGUUCUAUAAGCCGCCAGAAAAUGUUGGAGGAGGACACGACGAUUCCGAGAAGGAAGCUGGUUGGAUAGAAGGUGUAGCGAUACUAGUAGCCGUCAUUGUUGUUGUUUUAGUCACUGCUCUGAAUGAUUGGUCUAAAGAGAAACAAUUCAGAGGGCUUCAAUCAAAAAUCGAAACCGAGCACAAGUUCUCUGUAAUACGAGAUGGCCAGCCGAUUGAUAUUGUUGUUAACGAGCUUGUUGUUGGAGACAUCGCUCGAGUUAAAUACGGUGACCUCCUUCCGGCCGACGGUAUUCUGAUUCAAUCGAAUGAUCUGAAAGUCGAUGAGUCGUCACUAACCGGCGAGUCGGACCUAAUCCGAAAGAACUUCGAUCAUGAUCCGGUGCUUCUAUCUGGGACACACGCGAUGGAAGGUAGUGGACGCUUUCUCAUUACUGCUGUUGGUCCAAACAGUCAGACGGGAAUCAUUAUGAGCUUGUUAGGAGCAACGAAAGAAGAGAAAAAAGAUGAGAAGGAAAGCAAACUCGAGAUAAAUGGAAAAGGUAUGAUUACACCGACAUAUCUAUCUUUUCUUUUUUUCUCUUCUUGCAUUUUUACCAUAAUCAUAUCAGGUCAUCCGUCAAAACUCAGCGUCGUUAAUGGGCUGCCGCCUAGCGAAAAUAAAAAGGAGCCAGAGUCGGUCGUUAUACUCGAGGAUGAAAGUAAAGGAAAAUCAGUGCUACAGGCAAAACUCUCUAGUUCUAUUGUGGCGGCGGCAACAGUGCUUAUCCUUAUAAUCCGUCACUGCAUCACCCAUUACGUUGUCAAUCACGAGUCUUUUAAGACGUCUGAUCUCGCGUACUUUGUGAAUUUCAUAAUUAUUGGUGUUACGGUAUUGGUAAUUGCCGUUCCGGAAGGACUUCCGCUUGCCAUCACCUUAGCGCUCACAUAUUCCGUGAAAAAAAUGAUGAAAGACAACAAUUUGGUUCGACAUUUGGACGCUUGUGAGACGAUGGGCAACGCGACAGCGAUCUGUUCUGACAAGACUGGUACUCUCACCACAAAUCGAAUGACCUGCGUGCAGUCCUACAUUAACGGCGGCUUUUACAAAACACAAGCACCAUCGUACGAGCUUCUUGACAGGAAUACUCGCGAGCGUUUAGUGGAAUGUGUGUGCAUCAAUUCCGGCUACAGCUCGCAGGUUGGGAACAAAACCGAAUGCGCCCUGCUUGGUUUUGUGCUCGAUCUCAAUCAAAACUAUGAGGAAGUGAGAGCCAAGCAUCCGGAAGAGACGCUGUUUAAGGUUUAUACCUUCAACUCGUCGCGAAAAUCUAUGAUGACUGUAAUAAAGUUGGCGAAUGAUGUCUUUCGUGUGUAUUCUAAAGGAGCGUCCGAAAUUAUUUUGAAAAGGUGCUCGUACAUUUUUGGUGAUGCUGGGACGAUCCAGAAGUUCAAUUCUGGUCGAGUUGCUGAAUUGACGAAAAAUGUGAUCGAACCAAUGGCUUCGGAUGGUUUAAGAACGAUUGGGUUAGCCUAUAAAGAUAUGGUACCUGAAGGAACGAAAACUGAAGCUAAUCAGGUUGAGUACAGCCAUGAAAUUGAUUGGGAUGACGAAGAAGUGGUGAGGAAUGGCAUGACUUUGAUCGCCAUUAUGGGUAUUCAAGAUCCAGUACGUCCAGAGGUACCAGCAGCUAUCGAAAGAUGUCAACGAGCAGGAAUCACUGUUCGGAUGGUGACUGGUGAUAAUAUCAAUACGGCGAGAUCCAUAGCUACCGCUUGUGGUAUCCUGAAACCUGGAACUGAUUUUCUUGCGCUUGAAGGAAAAGACUUUAACGCCAAAAUUCGUGACGAAAACGGCAAAGUGAGUCAAGAAAAACUGGAUUCAAUUUGGCCGAGGCUUCGAGUUUUGGCACGAGCGCAACCGUCUGAUAAGUAUGUACUCGUAAAGGGCAUCAUCGACAGCAAAGUCUCUAAAAACAGGGAGGUGGGCAUUGCGGGUACGGAUGUCGCCAAGGAAGCGUCUGACAUCAUUCUCACCGACGAUAAUUUCACAUCUAUUGUGAAAGCAGUGAUGUGGGGUCGGAACGUCUACGAUUCCAUCUCAAAAUUCCUUCAAUUUCAAUUAACGGCAGUUCAAAUGCUAUGGGUGAAUCUGAUUAUGGACACAUUGGCAUCGCUAGCAUUGGCAACAGAAAUGCCAACAGAGGACCUCCUUGAAAGGAAACCUUAUGGUCGGACAAAAUCGCUAAUCUCACGGACCAUGGUUAAGAACAUUAUCGGUCAUGCUGUUUAUCAGCUGAUUGUUCUUUUUGGAAUUAUGUUUUGGGGUGAUAAGUUCAUCCCGGACACACCGUCUGGCAGAAAUGCACCAUUGGGAUCACCGCCAAGUGCUCAUUUCACUAUCAUCUUCAACGCUUUCGUUUUGAUGACGUUAUGCAACGAGAUCAAUGCCAGGAAGGUUCACGGAGAACGCAAUGUGUUCAAGAACAUUUUCAACAACUUUUAA